AUGCUCAAAAAAAGCCACUGGCAAUAUGGACAGCCGGGAUCACGUCGCAAUCCAAACACCGCUAUUCAGUUUCUGCAUGGGGAUAAUGAACAAGAGACACAAAUAGGAUUUGAAUUCCCGCCAAAGAUACCAAAGACGCCAAACGCAAUAAAUUUCAGAGACUUUACAAAGAGCUAUGAGAGUCUGAAGUUUGACAAAGUAUUCCAGCACGUAGAGUUUCGUCAAAUGACGGUCAAAAGCCCGCCGGUGAAAAGGCCAGAUUGGACCAACUCCGAGGGAAGAGCAGGCGUUCGACGAAAGGACGUGUACUAUUUCUUUCGAUGGUUGUCAAAAAAGAAGUCAGUUGAGAGUAUUAUCCAUCUCAUUGUGGAGGAUGGACAUGGCAUCUCACAUAGCGACGAGGCUAUAGAGGAAUCUUUGAAAGAUUUCAAUAUUGAGAUCCUGGACUGGCGCAAGCCGGACUUGGAUCCUAUGACUUUACAAAACGCUUGCAAGAACUCUGAUCUCCGAGAGGUUCACUUAUGGUGGGACGGAAACAACGCAGUGUUAAGGGCGUGGAGCGAGCCUGAUGGACUUGUAAAGAUAACUACUUUGCAGGUCAUUCACUUGCAUGAAACAAAGAAAAACAUCGAAUCGUCUCAUCGUACCAAGGCAAGGAUAGAAAGUUUCAAAACUCGCAUUAGAGAACAUCGAGCCAAGGUACUGCAGCCUCUUGAAUGCCACCAUUACGAGCCUUACGAGCAACACACAUCCAGGCCCCAAGGACAGAUGCCGACUGAGCAGACAGAGCAACGAGCAAGGAUAGACCCUUACCAGUGGCUCAGCGUCAUGGACAGGUUCGCCGAUGGCAUUGCUAGUUUAGAGCCUCUGGAGUGUUUUCCAGUAGACGAAUACUUGAAUCAUCCCAGUUUGCCAGUUGAGCUGCGAAAAGACGUGAAGGUUGCACUCAUUGACGACGACGUCAAUUUCAUGCAUAAGUCACUUGCCGAGAACAUGGAUGGCGGGAAGAGCUUUGACAGAGAGUAUGAUGAUGGAUACAGACCUGGUCCGCGAGAGCCAUUUCACGGGUCUGCCACUGGACAUGGAACGUGCAUGGCGUAUAUGAUACGCAGAGUCUGCCCUCGUGUUAAGAUCUUUGGGUGCAGGCUGAACGUACUUCGGGGAAAUGUCGAUGGAAAAGCGAGUUUUACGGCUAAAAGCGCCGCUGAUGCAGUAGAAUAUGCAGUGGCUCGCAAAUUCGACAUCAUUUCAAUCUCGUGGACAGUGCAGUUACAGAAGGACGAAAAGCAUGACAACUCAGCUGAUAUCAGUCGUCUCGAAAACGCCAUUUCACUUGUCACCGCCACUGGCAUUCUUGUCUUCUGCUCUGCGCCCGAUAUCGGAAGAGCAAGCAAAGAGACAUUGGAAUCAUACUAUCCUUUUGGAUGUAAAAGAAGUUCGACAGAUUUGUUCAAGAUUGGCGCAGCGAAAGCCGACGGGGUCUCCUUUGCAUGGAUGGGACACGAGGAAAUUGUAAAUUACAUCCUUCCUGGUCACAAGGUUGCUCCUCGGGAAGCCGAUAACCUCCCUGAAGAGGAUGACACGCCAAAGACUGGGUCGUCAGUGGCGACUGCGCUUGCUUCGGGGCUGGCUGCUCUGAGCAUCCAUUGCGUCAGACUUGCGGCCAUUUAUAACAUAUACACCAACAAAAGAGAUGAUUUGUCUGUGAAUGAGACGACAGUCAGAGCAAUCAAGCGGUUUCCAGCUAUGAAGGAAACGUUGGCAAUACUGUGCUCCAAUAAUGAUGAGAAGCAGACCAGAGAUAGGAAUCUUAGAGUGGAAAACUUCUUCAAGAGACCGGGUGAUACUAUGGAUAACAAGGACGUUUCGGAGGAAGAGAAAUGGAAGCAAGUAGUUAAUAUUGCUCGUGACCUUGUCUCAUACAAGACGCUCACGCAGACUACGAUUUGA